AUGUCUAAAAUUUCCCUUUAUAAAAGUGAAGAUGACCCUAAUAGAAUUUUAGAUAAUAGAUUAUUAAAGGGAAUUUCUUAUAUUUUGGAAGAGUUUAUUGGUGAACCGAAGGUUUUAAAAUUCUAAAAUCCUUUAUUUGAUUCUGAGAGUACUCCUUCAGUCACACUUGAAAAUUAUUUGAUUAGAAUUUAAAGAUGUGCUAAAUGUAGUGAGGAAUGUUUUAUAAUUGCUAUUAUUUAUUUGGAAAGAAUUUAAGAACUAAAUUAAGAAUUAUAAUUCAACAGAUAAAAUAUCCAUAGGUUAUAUUUAUAAUUAAUAUCAGAUUUUUUAUAAUUGCAAUUGUUUUAGCAAUAAAAUUUCAUGAUGAUGAUAUAUUUAUGAAUGAAUACUAUGCUAGGGUUGGAGGAAUCUCAUUAUAAGAUUUAAAUGAUAUGGAAAAAUGCUUUUUAACAAUGUUAAACUUUUAAUUUUAUGUUUACGAAGAGACCUACUAUUAGUAUUUAAAAAGAAAAAAAAUAAAUUUUAGAAAAUGA